UUUCAUCAACAUACAGAAUGCAGUUAGUGCAUUUUUCUUGGGGUCUCAUUUGGUAUACUUUAUUGACUUGUCAAGUUAAUGCUUUUGAGUAUAAUAUUACAUUGUCUCACAAUGGUCCUGUAGUAUUAGGUGGAACUAUCUCAUUUAAAGCUGAUAUCUUUUACAAUGAUGAAAGACCAUCAGGAACAUUUAAAUAUAAGUGGAGUGACAAUGCGUUAAUUCCUCAUAUAUACGAGACAGACAGAACAUCAAAUACUACAACAUAUUGGAGUUUAAAUAUCCUACCUGAAAAUUAUACUGUUGGAAUAUAUGAAGUUGAAGUAAUUGUUAGUAAAUAUUAUUUAAUGUUAUGGUAUAGACUUACCAGUGUUCGUACUAAAUUUUAUGUCACUCAAUUUCUUAAUGGAGACAUUGAAAUUAAGCAAUCUAAUAAGACAUUAAUGGAUACAUAUGUCUCUUCAGCAUCUGAAGCAAAUGUGACUGUAAAUAUACGAGAAGGAGACAUAGAUUAUUUAAUGAAAGCCACAACAGUAUCAAUUUAUUGGUUUAUAGAUUGCAAAUAUUUUGGCCAAACAAAUGACUUAAAUUUUCUCUAUAAUUUUACAAAUUCUGAUACAUCACAUAUGCUAGAAGCUUUAGUAGUUGCAUCAUAUGAUUCACCAACAACAACCAUUUUGCCACCAACAGCUACUUCACCAGUCACAACAAUUGUAUCAAAUAUUACAGUAGAAGAAAUGGUAACUUCUAGCAUACCUAAUAACAGUAUAACUAUAAAGCCAACAUUAGCAUCCAUAACACCAAUACCUCUAGAUGAUGUACCAAACACUAGCAUCUCCAGUAUAAAUAUUUCUUUACCUUACAUUUGUUUCAACUCUUCAAUAAUUCCUCCAGAUCCUAAUAAAACAUAUGGAUAUUUCACAAAAAAAAUUGAUGUUCGUGCACCUAUAAUGAAUAUAACAGUAGAAGGUACAAAUUGGAUUCAACCAUGGGAUAUGUUGUCUCUCAAUGUAACAUGUAAAGGUUCAGGACCUUUCAAUAAGUGCCUUUAUUUCCAUAGAGGAAAAUAUAAUAUUACUGGAAAUGAAACAUGUGAUAGUGGAGAUCAUCUUUAUUCUUGUAAUUUUUCCAUCAUCCAUUACUUUUUGGAACCUAGUGUAUACACAAUAUUAAUUAUGUUGAAUAAUGAUGUCAGCAAACAAAUUUAUCCUUUGACAAUAAACAUUUAUAAAGUGACAACAAAACCACAAUUAUCAGUUAUUGUAGUACCUGUUUCUUGCUCACUUGCUGCAGUGGUACUAAUUAUUUUUGGCAUUGCAUAUUAUAUUCAAAGUAGAGCAAGAUUUACAGUGGAAGUCGCUGAUUUUGACUUUGGUCAAAAUAAUCCAGAAAUGGAGUAUAAAACAUUCACAGAACGGCUAAGAGAUUCAUUCAAUAAUACCCUAAGACCAGGAAACAAACGGAUAAGUGGUUACAAACCUAUUGGUAAUUCUCAAACUCUUCAGUGAUGUUUAAAGAGGAGAAGAAAAUUAGUAAAUUAUCAAUCAGUUUGAAGGCUGCAGAAAAUGAAAAAACUAAAAAGGAAUUAAAGAAAAUGAAUUCCAAGAAAGGUCACAGAAUUAUAUCUUACAGUAUUUUUAAGUACCAAAUAGCUUAAUUCGAAAAUGAUCAAUACUAUAC